UAUGCAGAGCUUUUGUUAACGGAAGGAGCACUUCAUGCUAGUUUUUGAAGAAAUUUAAGGGAGCUCACUGUAAUUUUUCCAAAAUAGCCGAGGUUUCAGUUUCACAAGGGUUUCCUUUUGAAGAGUUGUCGUCGGGACUCAGUAGCGGCUAGUCGCAAUCCGAUCCGCCAGAGAGAGAGGUUUUCGGAGGGAAGGAGAGAUGUGGUUGGGUGGUGGUGGUAGUGGAGGAGUCAAAACUUGUUUCGUGAGGUACUUCUCUAGGAAAUGUGCACCGAAUCUGAGGAAGAUCAACCCCAAAGUACCCCCUCAAGAGGCCUCCUCCUUGGCCGAAUCUCUCUACCACGUUAUCAAGCAACACGGCCCUCUCACUGUCUCCAAUACUUGGAACCACGCCAAGGAAGCUGGUAUUGAUGGAUUGGCCAGCAAAACACACAUGAAGAUUAUGCUCAAAUGGAUGAGGGGGAGAAACAUGCUGAAGCUAUUUUGCCACCUUGUUGGUUCCAGCAAGAAAUUCCUGCACUGUACUCUUCCUGAAGAACCUCAAACUGCUGAAUCAAUUCACUCCAUGGAACUGAAACUACAAUCUGAGAAGUCUUUCACAAAAAGGAAGAGGCAAACUCUUUAAUGCAUGUCUCCUUUGGGCAUAAACAGGUCUUGGAAUAUUUACAGAGUAAGCAGCAUUUCGUUGAUUGUGAUUGGUAAUCCGUUUUCAGUCGGUGACUGCUUUUGGCUGGAUUCGCAAUUUGAGGUCUUUUUUGUUGUAAUGGACUCGGAACUAGUUUGGAAUGUAUUUAGCUUCGGUAUACUGUCUGCUGCCCUCUCCUUCUCAAUAAGAGCUUUUAGGUGCCUCAUUAGUCAUUACCGUGAUACAUAUUUUUAAUCUGGAUUUCAUAAAAUGGAUGACUGUCUUCAUUGAAA